AUGCCUAGCAGAGAAGCUACUCACGCCGGGUCCUGGUACUCCUCAAACAGAGCAACCCUCUCCUCUCAGCUCGACAACUGGCUUGAUCAAGUACCAGCAUCCACAAAAUGCAUCGGCUCUGAGUCUGCAACCCAACCGCCAGUCGAGCUACCUUCAAGCGGGGCCCGAGCCAUCAUUGCGCCGCAUGCCGGAUAUUCCUACUCUGGGCCUGCAGCAGCAUGGGCAUACAAAGCUCUAGAUCUCUCAAACGCCAAGCGCAUCUUCCUCCUAGGCCCCUCCCACCACUUCUAUCUCAGCGGCUGCGCGCUCUCGAAAUGCGACACUUACGAGACUCCCCUCGGCAACCUGAAGCUGGAUAAAGACACCAUCGCCGAGCUGCACGCGACCAAAGCGUUUGACAAGAUGUCCCAGUCCAUCGACGAAGACGAGCACAGUCUUGAGAUGCACCUGCCCUACAUCUACAAGAUGCUCGAAAGGACAUUCGGCAACGAGGCCUCCUUCCCGGCCCUCAUCCCCAUCCUCGUGGGCGCAACCUCCGCCGCAACCGAGCAGCGCUUCGGCCGCCUCUUAGCACCCUACCUCGCAGACCCAUCCUCCAUCUUCAUCAUCAGCUCCGACUUCUGCCACUGGGGCACGCGUUUCCGAUACACCUACUACAUGCCCUCUUCCGGCCCCCCGCGCUCUUUACGCAGCAACGAGCGAGCGCCCACGUCGCCGCCUAUACAUGAGAGCAUUGCGCGGGUGGACCAGCUGUGCAUGGAUGCCGUGGAGCGGGGCGGGCAUGCGGGGUUUCUGGAGGUGCUGGAGCGGACGGGGAAUACGGUCUGUGGAAGGCAUCCGAUUGGGGUGGUCAUGGCUGCUGUGGAGGUGUUGGAGAGUGAGGGGAAGGCAGGGGAUGGGAAGGGGAGGUUCCGGUUCGUGAGGUACGAAAGGAGUAGUGAUGUGCUAGGGGUGGGAGAUAGUAGUGUUAGUUAUUGUAGUGCGUUUGCUGUUUUCUGA